UCGAGAUAAACAUGGCGUACGCUUCGUACACAGUGCCGAAACUGAAAAAAGAAUUAAUAUUACGCGGCGCUGUAACGACGGGAAGGAAAACCGAUCUCAUAGAAAGGUUGGAAGCAUACGAACGGAAUUUCAACUUUAGCGGUCCCGUCAUAGAACUGCCAGCGGAAAGGGAUGUAGAAUGGCCAACUACUGGUUAUAAACAAAUGACAUCGACCAUCAUGACCUUUUGCCACACAUAACAGAAGCCCAUAUCGAAGGAUAUUUUCAAUAUAGACAAGCAGUCGACAGACAAAUGAUGGGCAAUACAAAGGAUACUGUGAAAGGAAAAUUACUCCUAGAGUCAGAGAGAGUUGAAGCACUGAGCAUUAACUGUCAAGAUGAAGACUUUUUCCUUACAGGAUUUGUGAGAGCUGCAAUGAAGAAAAAGGCUCCCCCAUAAAAGCUGAAGACAUGCCUUGUCGCUAUAAUCCAGAUCUUAGUGACCCUAGGCCUCAGAAAUACAGAGGAAUAGCUGGAUACAAUGAUUAUGUGAGCAACAUUGUAACUAACUACUGUGCUGUAACAUCUGCAGAUUUGGCUUUCAAGUACAUAAAGCCCAAGGCAUUUAUCAACAUUGCAGUACUAGACCAUGAUUACUUGGACCUGCCAUUCACUGAAUAUUGGAUAGAUGCAGCUCAAAAGGUGUCAGAUAGGGACAUCACUCGCAUUGAACACAGAACAAGGAAACGGAGCCUGUCGAAAGUUUGGCAUCGUGAAAGAGAAUGGCACUUGACAGCUUCCAGGUUUGGGGAUAUUUGCAAAGCUACCGAUCGACGCAACAGACUGAAGCUGUGUUCUAGCAUCUUAAAACCUCUUAAAUUAAAAACACUCGCUGUCCUACAUGGCCAACAAUAUGAAGCUGUGGCAAGACAAGUAUUCCAAGACAAAACAGGUUUUAAAGUCAAGACUUGUGGCCUUUUUGUAGAUUUAGAGAAUAAUUAUUUGGCUGCUUCGCCAGAUGGUAUUAUUGGAGAAAGUGCGAUUAUUGAAAUCAAAUGUCCAUAUAAAGGCUGAGAUCGUAAGAUUGCUGCAGAUAAGUUUUUCCCAUUCUUGCAAGAGGAUGAUGAUGGUGUAUUGCAUUUGAAACAGAGUCAUAAUUAUUACAUGCAGGUGCAAAGGCAGCUUAAUGUGUGUAAAAAAGAGAAGUGUUUCUUUGUUGUAUACACAUUUGUUGAUAUUUUUGUGGAAGAAAUUAAUGUUGAGAGAGAUUACUGGUGUGGUUGCAUGUUACCAAAGCUAGAGUUGUUUUAUAAGAUACACUACAGAAAAUUUCUUGCUGAAAAAUUGUAAAUUGGUGUCAUUAUCAAUCUGCAGUUGAAGCUAUUGUUAAUGAAAACAUGUAUGAUGUACAGAAAAUUUCAUUUAUUAUUUAUAUAGAUACCUGUAAUGAUACAAUUUUCAUAUAUAGAAAAGCCUUUUUCAACUCUAAAGAUCAACAGUUCUGUUCAGCACAAAAUUUUAAUUGUUUAUCACAGAAUACAUUGUUUAAUACUGUUUUAAUGGAUAACUUUUUUUGUUAUUGACAUAUUGUUUUAUACCAUAACAAAAUGCAAUUUUUCAGUAUUCAUUAUGGAAUUAAGAUUCAUUUGA